AUGGACGACCUCUCCGGUCUCGAUUGGUCAAAUACUAGCGGCGCGCCGCCACCUAAAGCUGCGCCCAUGGCCAGCAGCAUGGCCUACCCGUCGCUGCGGCCGAACCCCUCGCCGUUUACGUCUGGACGCAGCACGCCCGCGUCCACGCAGAGCGCGGGGAGCAGCUCCUUUGCGAAACCAAUACAACCACAGCAGCAGCAGCAGCAGCAGCAGCAACCGCCAAAGGCCGCCUCGGACAGCUUCAGCAGCUUGGCGCGUUUCGGCCCCGCCAAGACCUCCCAGAACCUGAGUCUCGCUGAGCGCCAGGCGCAGCUCGAGGCCGAGAAGCGCAAGAAGGAGGAGGAGAAGCGUAAGCUGACCGAGGCACAGUUUGGUAAUGGGCAGCAAUGGGACAUGCUCGGGUCGCGCGGCCAGACUUCAAGUCCUGCGCUGCAACCGCCAGCUGUAGCUGCGCGGAGUUCUAGCAACGACGACGACGACGACCUGUUUGCCGCGUUCGACAAGGACACCAAGGUCGACAAUUCAAGCUACUUCCCACCACCAGAGAAGAAGGCUCCCACACCGGCCGCUGAGAAGAAACCCCUCGACCUCUCGAACCCCAUUGCCUGGAGCGCCUCGGCGUCGGACCCUGUGGCCUUUCCAGACAACGAUGACGAUCCGUUUGGCCUGAGCGAUUUCAAGCCCAGGGAUGUUCCUGCGGCGGCGGUAUCACAACCGCGGACACAGAACAACGACGAGGAUGAUUUUCUGGGCGACCUGGGCCGGCCGGUGGAAGAGGUGCGCGCCAAGCACCAGGCUGCCCCGCAGCGUGGCAAACCUGGCAAGCCGAUUGAGGAUGACGACUCGAGCUCUUCCGACGAAGAUGAGCCGCAACAGAGACCGCAAAACGAUACUCGUCGAGCCCAUAAUGGUGCUGACGCCGAGUUUGACGGCGCCGUGGCACAGCUCGUCGAUUACGGCUUUGCGCCCGACGAUGCGCGCCGCGCCUUGGUCGAGAGCGGUGCCGGCACCAACGUCCAGCAAGCGGCCAACUGGCUUCUCGACGAGGCGCACCGAAAGUCGAAAGCGCAAGCGCAGGGACGGCCCUUGUCGAACAACUCGAACCGAUCGGAGCGUCGGGAACAGACACCCUCGGGUCGAAGCGAGCCCGACUUUGCCAAGUCCGCGGCCGCUGUCGGAAGCAGUCUGUUCAAGACGGCCAAUUCGCUGUGGAAGACGGGACAGAAGAAGAUGCAGCAGGCUGUAGCAGACUUUCAACAGGAGGGCGGCGGUGGCGGCGAUCCCAGCCAGCCCAAGUGGAUGCGCGAUGCUCAGGCGAACCAGGCACGCGGUUCCAUGAGAGAGGAGGCUAAUACGACUGAUGAGGCUGCGAUGCUGGAAUCGGGUGGACGACCAAGACAGACCAAAGAAAAGACUCAUCGGGCGACGCCAGAUCACACAAGAAACUCAUCGCCUACGACUUCGUCUGCCGGCCAGAGUCGGAGCGGCUCCGUGCCCAGGUGGCAGCAACAACAAGCUGCCCCUCCCUUGGUGCCGAAUGCGCGAUCACGGCUUAACCGAUUUGCAGACGACGAUGAUACAUUUGCCAUUAGUUCGAGCAGACGACGCAAGCCAGCUUCUCCUGCUGAGCCUGCUAAAACGGAGCCUGAACCGGAUCUGCUGUUUGGUUCUGAAGCUCCGAAGCAACCGAGCCGUUCGGCUCCUCCUUCUCAGCUAGCACCAGCUGCGAAGAAAUCACAAUCCACCUCUACUCCCGUGCGAAAACCGACACCAACGCCCGCCCGCCAAAUUCCCGCCAUCACGCCUUCUGCGAUACAGACUUCUACAAAGCACCGCCUUGAGGGGACAGCGCACUUCAAGCGCGGAGACUUUGCGCAGGCUCAUUCAUCUUAUUCCUCGUCGCUAUCCGCCGUGCCCUCUACCCAUCCUCUCGCUAUCAUUCUCCUUACUAAUCGAGCACUGACUGCUUUGAAAACGGGCGAGCCGAAGCAGGCCGUGACGGAUGCCGACAACGCCAUCAGCAUCAUCGGGCCAGGCAAUGGCCAAGGCGAAACAGUGGCCGUCACGGGAGAUAAUGGCCAAGAAGAGAAGCGAGACAUGCGCGACCUGUACGGCAAGGCGCUUAGCCGCAAGGCCGAAGCCCUGGAGCAGAUGGAGAAGUGGGGAGACGCCCUUGCGGUGUGGAAGCUAGCGGUCGAGGCUGGACUCGGCGGCGCGACGGCCGCCAAGGGCCGCCAACGAUGCCAGACGGCGCUCGCGCCCAAGCCCAAGCCCAAGCCCGCGCCCAAGCCUACUCGCUCAUCCGCGGCGGCCAGCCUGCGACCCCAAAAAGACUCCGAGGCCGUCACGCGUCUUCGCGAGGCCAACGAGGCGGCCGCCAAGGAAGACGACGAAAAGUUUGCGCUCUCGGAAGCGGUGGACGCCAAGAUUGCGGCGUGGCGCGACGGCAAGCGCGACAACCUGCGCGGCCUCAUUGCCAGCCUGGACCAGGUGCUUUGGGAGGACAGCGGCUGGAAAAAGGUGGGCAUGCACGAGCUCGUCAUGGCGAACAAGGUCAAGAUUUCGUACAUGAAGGCGAUUGCCAAGACGCAUCCGGACAAGAUUGCGCCGACUGCUUCGACAGAAGUGCGACUUGUUGCGGGAUUGGUGUUUAGUACGCUCAACGAGGCGUGGGACAAGUUCAAGGCGGAGAAUGGACUAUGA